CUUAAUUAUAACAAACAAAACAAAACACGAAAGCAAAAAUGAAGAACCAAAUGCUAUGUUUAUUCUUCCUCUCUUUCUAUGUUACUUCUUCAUCUUACUCUCAACUCACACACAAUUUCUACCAACACAUUUGCCCAAACGUCGAAUCAAUAGUCCGAUCAGCCGUCACCAACAAAUUCAACCAAACUUUCGCCACCGCUCCAGCCACUCUUCGCCUCUUUUUUCACGACUGUUUUGUUCGGGGAUGUGAUGCUUCAGUGUUACUAUCUAAUGCAAAGGCUGAGAAGGACCAUCAUGAUGACUUGUCGCUCGCCGGAGACGGGUUUGACACGGUGGUGAAAGCAAAGGCAGCCGUUGAUAGCAACCCAAGUUGCCGGAAUAAAGUGUCUUGUGCAGAUAUAUUAGCUCUUGCCACUAGAGAUGUUGUAGCUUUGACAGGUGGGCCAUCAUACAAGGUGGAAUUAGGAAGGAGAGAUGGUAGAAUCUCUACAAGAAAAGGUGUUCAACACAAGCUUCCACAUGCUGAUUUUAACUUGGACCAACUAAACACCAUGUUCGCUUCUCAUGGUCUAUCUCAAACCGAUAUGAUUGCACUUUCAGGUGCACAUACACUUGGAUUCUCUCAUUGUGGUCAAUUCUCAAAACGUAUUCAUUCCAAGGCUGGAAUAGACCGGACCCUAAAUCGCCAAUAUGCUCUUCAGCUAAGAGAAAUGUGUCCGGUUAAUGUAGACCCAAGGAUCGCGAUUAACAUGGACCCCACCACCCCGCAAACUUUCGACAAUGCAUAUUAUAAAAACCUCCAACAAGGGAAGGGCUUGUUUACCUCUGACCAAGUCUUGUUCAUGGACGCUCGGUCAAGGCCUACGGUUAACCUGUUUGCUUCUAACAACAAUGCAUUCAAUCAGGCAUUUGUGAGCGCCGUCACCAAACUUGGCCGUGUUGGGGUUUUGACCGGUUACCAGGGUGAAAUUAGACGCGAUUGUUGUAGGGUUAACUAGGAAAAUGAUGACCGUAUUUUUUAUUUAUCAUAAUAUCUAUAAUGUCAAUUUUGUUAUCGAAUA